UCAUCUUAUAAACGUCAUCAACCCGCGACACCACUGAGCUAAGGAUCCUCGAGUCCCACUUUACUAAAUAGUUCUUCUUUGAAUAGGUACUGAACAUACAGAAGCCUCUGAAGUGAAAGAACUAGUUUACUGGGGCAAAGAAUAAUCCAUUAAAUCUUCGUUUCCAUAUGAACUCUUCUCGGUGCACAUUGAAGCUUUUCGAUCUGAUUUAGCUUAGCAUGCUAGCCACUAAAAAAGAGACGCCUUUCUUGUCGUUAAGCGGAGAUCAAGUGUGAGUCUCACGUGCGGUUUUUUUUCCCGUGAAAAUGUGUGCAAAACGUGUGAAAGACGAUCACGAGGAGGAAGUUUGUCGAACAAGUGAGAAGAACGAACCACGUCAUCGACGACUGGACGCUGUUUCCAAGUACCGUCGAGUUCUGUUCCACAAGGCAGCUGUCCGUGAGGAAGUGCUUCAUCCUGAGCAUCAGGAGCUGGAGCCCCCUCACUUUGAAGAGGAACAGGACCAAGAUCCCCCCCACAUUAAAGACGAAGAGCAGGAGGCCGAUAUCACAGAGUUGCCGUUGACUGUCGUUGUCAAGACUGAAGAUGGUGACGAAGAAGAAGGCGACGGAGAGCGCCGUGGAGGAUCCGAAACAAACAGCGUCUUAGCUCCGCUGUCAGAUAGCGACGAGAUAACGUCACACUCUCCCGCCGCUGAGGAUGGUGAAGAACACUCAAAAGGUGAUAAGUCGUGUCAUGCAGACGACAAACACGUGAAAUGCUCUCAGUGUGACAAAACCUUUGCCAAGGAGUAUUUGUUAAAAAUACACACUAGAACGCACACAGGUGAGAAACCCUAUGCCUGCUCACUUUGCGGGAAAAGAUUCACUCAGAAGGGGCAGUUAAUAGGACACUCAAGAACGCACACCGGAGAGAAGCCUUUUGCCUGCUCAGUUUGUGGUAAAAGAUUCUCGGAAAAGGGACAUUUGAGAGUACACACGAGAACGCACACGGGAGAUAAGCCUUUUGCCUGCUCGGUUUGUGGCAAAAAAUUCUCUGAAAAGGGAAGUUUAAUUAGGCACACAAGAACGCACACUGGUGAGAAACCUUUUGCCUGCUCAGUUUGUGACGAAAGAUUCUCUGUCAAGAUUGGUUUAACAAAUCACAUAAGAAACCACACCGGUGAGAAACCGUUCAUCUGCUCAGUUUGUGGUAAAAGUUUCACUCAGAAGGGGCAUUUAAUAACGCACACAAAGACACACACUGGGGAGAAAACCUUUGCCUGCUCAGUUUGUGGACUCCGAGUAACUCAAAAAAUUCAUUUAACAACGCACAUGAGAAUACACACUGGAGAGAAACCGUUUGCCUGCUUAAUUUGCGCUAAAAAAUUCUCGGAAAAGGGAAGCUUAAUUCGACACACAAGGACACACACUGGAGAGAAACCUUUUGCUUGUUUAGUUUGUGGUCAAAGAUUCUCUGACAAGGGACAUUUACGAACACACACAAGAACACACACAGGCGAGAAACCUUUUGUUUGCUCAGUUUGCGGGAAAGGAUUUGCUGAAAAUAGAAAUUUAAAAACUCACUCAAGAACACACACUGGAGAGAAACCUUUUGCCUGCUCAGUCUGUACCUUCACAUUUAUUGAUCGUUCAGGACUGAAUAAACACAUGAGGACACACACCGGUGAGAAACCGUUCAGUUGCCGUGUGUGCGAUGAACGUUUUUCUUUUAACUAUCAGCUGAACAAACACAAAUGUGCUGGUGAGAAGAGCAACUGCAAAUGAUGCUUUAAAUAAUUUGUAAAGAAACUGUUGCACUAUGAAAGUGUUUGUGAGUCAAUAAAAUAAACGUCUUCAGACAGUGAUGGAGUUCAGAUUUCAUUGUAGUCAUCUGCAGUUUGUGUUCCAUCAC